AUACAGUGAAACCUUUUUUUUUUCAUGCCCCAGGUGUCAUUUCUUCUUGGAAUCAUUCCAGUCAUUGUUGCAUGGCUGUACUCUGAGUGGUUGGAAUAUAAGAAGUCACCAUCCCCUUCUAAAGUUCAUUCAGAUAAUAAUUUGGUCGAACUGGAGAAUGAAACAAUCAAAGAAGAUGAUAGGGCAGUGUUGUUAGAAGGAGGUCUUGCAAAAUCUGCAUCUUCGAAGUUGUCCACUCCAUCCGUUAAAACCAACUUAAUUAGGUUUCUUUCAAUGGAGGACUCGUUUUUACUUGAAAAUCGAGCACUACUAAGAGCGAUGUCCGAAAUAGGAGCUAUUUUGUUCUAUUUCUACAUAUGUGACCGUACAAAUUUUUUUGCAGAUUCCACCAAGGUGCUCUUUCUUUUUCUUAGUUCUUUCUAAAGUCAGAAUUUAUGAAACUUGCCAUGGAGAAUUAUGCUGUGAACUACUUUUCUUCAUGUCUAUAUUCACGACCUACAUGUUGCAACAGCAAUGCAUGUAACAAUUUUGAGCAUUAGAAUUUCAUGGAUUAUCUUUUUGUCAAUGAAAGAUCUAAAUACCAACCCUUGUGAUAAAAGCAUAACUAAAUGAGUGGUACUCUUGUUGUAUACCUGUAACUCUCUCUGGAGAUGCAAAUGGGGAAGAACUCAGAAUUGUUACUUCAACUAGCGUUUUGAUUUUAUAUUUUAGUAUAUUCUCUUGCUAGUUAUCAUGGGACGCUGCACAUUUCUCCAAAAGGAACUUGAAA